AAGGUCAGGGUCUUCUACCGUCUUCCUGCUGAUUCUUCCUUGUCUCUCGUAUGCGUCACGCUUUUAGUCGGUUUUUUUCGUCUCUGUGUUCUUCGUGAUUUUUGAAGGUUAUAACAAUGUCCGACUCCGAUAAUUUAUCGACAGGGGAAAGUGUUGUUGAUGGGCAUACAGUUCCAGCUACUGAUGUUGGUUGGUACAUUCUCGGUGAAAACCAGCAAAACCUGGGCCCAUAUACUUUCUCUGAGCUAUGUGAUCAUUUCAGGAAUGGUUACCUAUCAGAAACUACCCUAGUUUGGGCUGACGGAAGAAGCGAAUGGCAACCACUCUCUGCCAUCCCCGAGUUAAUGUCAAGGAUUUCUAAAGCUGAGGCUGACAAUACAGCUGGAGGUGCAUCUGCGUUGAUAAAUGAAUCUAAUGCUGGAACCAAACAAGAGAAGCAAGAUGAUUCUGCCUCUACUAGAACUGAGCUUGAAUUUGAGAAAUGGCAGAAAGAGAUUCAAGAAGCAGAAGCGAAGGCUGAAAGAUUGAAAAAUGGUUCUGUCUCUGGUAACUUGGGUACAUGGGCUCCUCAGGACGCUCCGGCGGGUAGCGUUGACCCGUAUGGACUCGAAGAGAUGACCUUUGCUACGGAAGAUGAAGUAUUUCCAACGAUAAACAUUCUUGAUACUUCUGUUGACAAGGAAGAUGCCGCUAAGGAUGAUGUGACUGGUAAGAAUGAAGAAGAUAGGUCUGAUGAGAUCGCCGAAAUAAACAGUAACGGCAAGAGAAAGCUGGCAGAACAAGAAACUGAAAAGAAGGAAGCAAACAAGCCUCCAGAUUCGUGGUUUGAGUUAAAAGUAAACCCACAUAUUUAUGUUACUGGGUUGCCCACGGAUGUCACCCUCGAGGAAGUAGUUGAAGUUUUUUCUAAAUGUGGCAUAAUUAAGGAGGAUGAGACUGGCAAGCCUCGCAUAAAGCUUUACAGUGAUAAGGCGACAGGAAACUUAAAGGGCGAUGCUCUUAUCACGUAUAUGAAGGAGCCCUCAGUGGAUCUGGCAAUUCAAAUCUUAGACGGGGCUCCUUUACGUCCCGCUGACAAGCUCCUCAUGUCAGUUUCUCGAGCUAAAUUCGAGCAGAAAGGGGAGAGAUUUAUAGCUAAGCAAACCGACAACAAGAAGAAAAAGAAGCUUAAAAGGGUCGAGCAAAAGUUGCUUGGAUGGGGUGGUAGAGAUGAUGCUAAGGUCGCAAUACCUGCAACGGUUGUUCUGCGCUUCAUGUUCAGUCCAGCUGAGAUGAGGGCUGAUGAGAAUCUGUGUGCCGAGGUGGAGGAAGACGUGAAAGAAGAGAGUGCGAAGCAUGGACCGUUUGAUUCAGUGAAGGUCUGUGAGCAACAUCCACAGGGUGUGGUUCUUAUAAGAUUCAAGGAUCGGAAAGAUGCACAGAAAUGUGUAGAUGCAAUGCAUGAUCGAUGGUAUGCAAAGAGACAGGUACAUGCGAGCCUUGACGAUGGAUUAGUGAACCACGCCGCUGUUCGAGAUUUUGAUUUGGAAUCCGAACGGUUAGAUCAGUUUGCGGCUGAACUCGAAGCUGAAUAGAAAAGAGACGACUAUUGUAAAAUACCCGUAAAAUACGCAAUCUAGAGUUGAAAAUUUGAAAUAUACUGUAUUACUUAAGAAUUUAAAGAAUUUUGAAAUUAAAGGAUGACUAUUCUUCUUUGCUA